AUGGAGCCACCAUCUGCGCCCAAUCCAGCGGGCGAUGCUGGUGUGCUACCAGAGUUUGGAAACCUGACCCUUCAAGAAGCGCCAUCACCGCCGGCUAACGAAGAAGAGUUGGAUGUUUGCACUAUGCCACGGGAGUCGGCCAUGAAGUUGAUCUCACGGGCGAUCAUUGCAAUGGCGAACGCAGCAGGCGAUGUACCAGCAACACCACCGCUGACACGAUCCAUCUCGAAAGAUAACCUUCCUGCACUCAGAGGACAUCGCCGCGUACUAUCCAGGCCUGCGACACCCAUUCCAGCUGAUAAGGAGAACCAUCGCCCAACACAACUUUCGCCAGCAGAAGCAGAACAUGAUGAACCCACAAUUGCGCACGACAUCGGCGCCGGUGCGCUGCCCGAGCACCUUCAGCGGGCAAACAUGGCAAGAAAGUUCUUUUCCAAAAGUGUCCCAAAAGUGGGUGUGGAAGAAUACAUGAACCGCAUCCAGAAGUACUGCCCACUCUCAACAGCAGUCUGGCUUGCCGCUGGCUCUUACAUUCUACGGCUAUGCGUCAUCGAUAAAGUGGUCCCUCUUACCUUCCGCACAAUGCACCGCCUGAUCCUUGCUUGUGCAUUGGUUGCAAUGAAGGCCCUCGAGGACCACCGCUGGCCACAGAAGCGCUUUGCCGCAGUUGGAGGGGUAGACGAAGGUGCACUGUGCCGGUUGGAGCUUUGCGUCGAGUUUCUCCUCUCAUUCAACGUCCAGAUCUUCACGCCCGAGAAGCUGAAGGACCUCACAAUCUCGCUGCAAAAGGCGGGACAAGCAGCCAUGAUAACCAGCCGGCUGCCAUCCUCGUUCAACCUGAAGCUGGGCAACCCCAAGCUCCGGAGAGAAGUUGCUGCGUAA